CGGCCGGAGGGGGCGCGGGGGGCGGGGGUGGCUGAGCGAGCGCGCGGCGCCCCGGGACAGCGCGAGCGCCUUGGAGAUGAGUCUCCCAGUCCUCGCCGUGGGGCUUUGCGGGGUAAAACCGGAGCUGGGACACAUCCUGCCUGCAGGGCCCUGAGCUGCGUGGGGAAGGGUGGCCUGGAGCCGGCUGUGGUGCUGCUGGCCGGCGGGACGCGGGGAGCAGCGGCUCCGCGAUAAGAAUAAGUACUCGUCUCCCGGCAGCGUCGCCGUCAUGGGGAAGGACUAUUACAAGAUUUUGGGUAUCCAGAGCAGCGCCAACGAGGAUGAAAUCAAGAAAGCCUACCGCAAAAUGGCCCUGAAGUAUCACCCCGAUAAGAAUAAAGACCCCAACGCCGAGGAGAAGUUCAAGGAGAUCGCGGAGGCCUACGACGUCCUGAGUGACCCCAAGAAGCGAGCUGUCUACGACCAGUACGGGGAGGAAGGUCUCAAAACUGGAGGUGGCUCUUCAGGUGGCUCAGGGAACACUUUCCACUACACCUUCCACGGAGACCCACACGCCACCUUCGCCUCCUUCUUCGGAGGCUCCAACCCUUUCGACAUCUUCUUCGCCAGCAGCCGCUCCCGGAUGUUCAAUGGCUUUGACCAGGAUGACAUGGAUAUGGACGACGAUGACGACCCUUUCAGUGCCUUCAGCCGGUUCGGCUUCAAUGGCAUCAACGGGGUUCACCGGCGGCACCAAGAGUCCCUGCACACGCGGAGGAAGGUCCAAGACCCGCCCGUCAUCCACGAGCUCAAGGUGUCCCUGGAGGAGAUCUACCACGGUUCCACCAAGAGGAUGAAGAUCACACGCAGAAGGGUCAGCGCCGAUGGCCGGACCGUGCGGACUGAGGACAAGAUCCUAAACAUUGUCAUCAAGCGGGGUUGGAAGGAGGGAACCAAAAUCACCUUCCCCAAAGAAGGGGACGCCACCCCAGACAACAUCCCCGCCGACAUCGUCUUCAUCCUCAAGGACAAGCCUCACUCGCACUUCAAGAGGGACGGGACGAAUGUGGUCUACACGGCAAACAUCAGUCUUAAAGAGGCCUUGUGCGGCUGCACCGUGAACAUUCCCACCAUCGACGGGCGCGUGAUCCCGCUGCCCUGCAACGAUGUCAUCAAGCCGGGCACAGUGAAGCGGCUGCGCGGUGAGGGGCUGCCCUUCCCCAAGGCCCCCAGCCAGCGAGGAGACUUGAUCGUGGAGUUCAAAAUCCGCUUCCCGGACAGAAUAGCUCCGCAGACGAGACAGAUCCUCAAGCAGCACCUCCCGUGCUCCUAGAGCCCCGGGACUCUCCUCCAAGCAGCAAUAUCCUCCAGACGCACGUGCCGCAGCACCUGGCCUGCGCGGAGCAGAGGUGCCACAGCACUUUCAAAUGCAAAAAAAAACCAACCAACCCACCUUCACACCACUUUCCUGGCCCAUAAAAACCUACCCAACUGCCCCCUCCUCCUCCCUGCUCUUCCUCCCUCUCCCCACCCGCCCCUCUUGGCCCGUUUUCUACUCCAGCACAAGCGAGCGCCUGGGCCCUUUGCCCGGCGAGGCGCGUCACGUUGUGGGGUUUUUUUAAUGCCACUUGCUUUUCAGGCCACUUUUCCCACGAGAGGCUGGACUUGCUGGGGUCUGGUGUAGUGUAAAUAGGACUCCACAGGAUCUGGCUGUUAGGUUUUUUCUCUUUCCCCACUCUUUGAUACUUGCUGCUGUUUGGGGUCGCGGCCGUAGCGGCCGUGGCUCACCCCAACCCACCCCCCCACUUUAGCCGGACUGCUUCUCACUUGGGACCACGGUACCGAGUCCGACCGUGGCCCGCUCUCCCGUGCCAAGGCUCCAGCCGAGCCUCAGCUGUGCCAAACAAAGGAGCACAUGGGGAUGGUCCCAUCCGGCCUCCUGCCCCUGCCCGGGGGCAGCACCCGCCUGCGCCCACCGCCAGGGCAGAGCCCAGGAUGGAGCUUUUCUUGUUCAGAUGCAUUGAGUUUCCAUUGCUGCUUUUGGUUUGGGUUUUUUUUCAGUACAUAUAUAUAGAGCUCGUUAGGUAAGAGUUUUUUUUUCUCUGCACCCUGAGUGGGUUUUUUGUUGGGGGGGAGGGGGGAGCUGUGUUGUCGAAGCCCCCGGGGUGAGGUGUGGGUGUAGCACGAGUCUGGGUGCAGAAGCGGAGCCAAGCGUGAGCAGAGCCGUAGGUUUCUGUAGCAUUUGAGGUCAGCCUUAGGGAUUUCAGUAAGAAGAGACAGGCAGGUGUGUCUAUUUUUCUACAGGGACGGUUUGUUCAGGGAGUCUCUCUGGGCAGUGGGGUGGAGCUGGGAGGAGUGCGAGGCCAUGUGCUUGGUGGCUUCCUUUUCAAAUGCUGUAUUUUUUUAAAACCUUUGGAUUUCCACCAGGAGAAUUUUUAUAUUUCUUAUCUUUCCCGGCCCACUCUGCCUCGUGCCAGAUGGAAAGCUGUUUCUGUCCCAGGGAGAGGGCUCCUACGGCCCCUCUUCCGCUGCAGCACCGCACCGCCGAGAAAACCGACCCCUGUCCAAGUACUCACCCCCCCUCGCCCUGGGGAUCCUGGGUUUUUAAAAGAGAAAAACACUGACU